AUGAGUGAACCGUGUCGAGAAAACCUUCCACUGUUGUAUGAUGAUUAUUCUGAUGAAGAUUUUCGCAUACGUAAAUCAAGCCCAAAGUUUCAACGCCUAUUCCGACAUUCAGCGAUAUCUGGUCGUGCAAGAUCUCAAGCGAUAGGCGCUGCUGCUAUCAUAACCCGGUGGCCAGAAUGCCUUAAUUGUUUUUCAGAGCACUUUUCUUCUCUGCUGAAGUACUGGUGGAUAGGAUUUGGCAUGAUUGCAUUUACGUUUUUUGUAAUAUAUAACAGCAUUGUUGCGAUUUCUAUGCUCCCAGAAACACAUUAUAAGCCUGCUAAAUACAACGAUAAAGAAUACAUAUCUAAAAAUGUGUCUCAUGAAAAUUCGAAAAUUAAUGUAUUUAUGCAUAUUUUCGUAAACAAUUAUGAGGAAUCAAGCAUAAAGUUUUAUUUACCGCACAUUGUAAAAUUUUCAAAAAAGUAUUCAAAUUUUAUGCACAACGUAAUUAUACUCCUCAAAGAUGAUCCAAGGGAUAUAUUAGAAAAUAGUGACGAAUUAAAUAUUAAAAUGGCAUGGAAUUCAUUAUGGAUGGCAGAUAAAAAGCAAGAAAUAGUAAAUUUAAGUGAAAAUACUAAUAUUCAAAUUAUAUCUUUAAUGGAAUACAUGGAUGAGUCCCCGCUGAAAACGUAUUGGCGACGUUUGCCCGAAAAAAUCUAUGGUUUUUUAACUCGAUGUAUUGCAAUAUGGGAUAAAGGAGGCGUUGCCUUUGAUCCCGUAAUACUUACUCCAAGUUCACCAAACCCAGAGCACAGAGAAAGCUUGGAACAUAUUCUUAAUAAUUUUAAGUCUGGGAGACAUGAAAAAACAAAAAAAGAAAAUGUUUCAUUGCCAAAAAAGAAAAUAAAUAAUAUUCAAGAUAUAAUUAAUAAUAUAGAGUACCAAGACAAAAAUAUAAUGCAAGAAAAUCUAUUAGAGGAAGAAACUAGAAAAGAUAUUUUUAGAAAGAAGAAUUUAAGCUUUAAUAAAAUUAAAAGAAAUACGCAUAACGAUUCUAAAAAACGAUAUCUCAAUAAUACCAACAAAAACAAAACCAAAGGUUUUGAAGACACUACACAUAUAAAUAAAAUUGUUUCAAACUCCGACGUACUAAGCGAAAGUAGUUUUAAUGACUUAUCUACAUCAAAAAAAGUCGUUAAUCAAGUUGAUGAUGAAGUUAUUACCCAGCACAAUCUCUUUCCCAUGUUCUUAGAAUACCUUUUCAAAAGUCCACGAUAUACAUCUAAAAAUUCAAAUAAGCAAAUCAGUACACUAAACGACACCUCAACGCCGACAACGUCCACAGCAUCGACGUCACUUACUAGUACAAAUUCUGCUCUGGAGGACGUUGCUUUUAAAGAUCAACGAAGCAAUUCUUUAAUAAAAUGUUUGUCUAAAAGAAAAAUGUUCACUAAAAAAUAUAUUAACCUUGACGAAAAUUCCAAUGAAAACGAAAAUAAUAUAUCGUUAAGUAUUAAUUUGAAAGGAAAUUUAAUCGCUACUGAAACACCUUGUCAUGCAUUUAUCGGAACUAUUUUUAGCAAUGCUUUACAACAUUAUGAUGACGAAUCGAUUACAGAUUUUAUAAUAACAGAACUAUUAAUAUUUUGUAAAGGAGUUUUAUCGUCGUGUAAAGGUGUUGAUGUAAUUUUAAUAUAAGUUAUAUAAUGUACAAUGUUAUAAACAUUUAUUGUUGUGUUUUACAAUUUUGUGUUAAAAUAAAAGAUUCUUAAAAUAAA